CGAGCCCAGAUGGUCAGGAUGAUUACAGACGUGCAGCUCGCCAUUUUCGCCAACAUGCUGGGCGUGUCUCUCUUCCUGCUUGUCAUUCUCUAUCAUUAUUUGACCAUCAAAAAUCCCAAGAAGCAGGAAUGA